GCUUUCACUUGUAGUUAUGUAUUCGGGUAUUUCCCGAAGAAUAUUACCCAAGUGGGAUCAGUUCGUUACGUCGCAUUCGUCUCGUUCUAUCUUUGCCUUUUCGAGAAAUCACCGGGGAAACAUUAUCGCAUCAAAAUAUAUUAUACCCGCGAUUCCAAUCCAAAUAUUUAAUCGUGAUAAAUCUACUUCCAUAAAAUCUUCGACUUCGGCUAUCGAGUUUAAACUUACUCAUCCUCGUAAAAAAGCUCCUCCGUUACCUGUAUUCGAACCGAUAACUCCUUCGGCUGAAGAAGCUGUUACUAAUAUUUUAUAUAAUACGCCUGCUCCUUAUCCUUCCCCUCCGAAAAGACAUGUUCUAAAUUGUCUUGUACAGAAUGAACCUGGUGUACUUAGUAGAGUGAGCGGUAUUCUUGCCGGAAGAGGAUUUAACAUUGAUUCAUUGGUUGUGGCUAGUACCGAAGCUUCUGACUUAAGUAGAAUGACUAUCGUGUUACGUGGUCAUGAUGUAGUCAUUGAACAAGCAAGACGACAACUAGAAGAGUUGGUUCCUGUAUGGGCUGUACUUGAUUAUACGCAAACUUCAAUCGUAGAACGUGAAUUAUUGUUGGUUAAAGUAUCCACUUUGGGACCGGAACAUUUACAUGAGCAAUUAAUUGCUAUCAAACAUGCUGAGUAUGAUGAUGAGUUUAUGCCUGAAGCUGAUUUAGAAUCUGAGUCUCCUGAUGCCACAUCUGUGCUACCUGAUGAUUAUGUCUAUGAUAAAGCUAAACCAUUAACCCCAUCUGAAGCGUUACGUCAAAAGCAUGCACAUCUUCGCGCGUUAAUUGAUCUUUGUAACCUUUUUAAAGCUCAUGUAAUUGAUGUCGCUAAUGAUAACGUUGUUAUCGAAUUGACUGCUAAACCCACUAGACUCGAUGC